CGGGCUGCGUGUGGCGCGGGGCGGGGCGCAGCGGGUGCGCCUGAGAAGCGAUGGCGGCGGCCUGAACUCUCCUAACAUCGCUGCAACAAUCGGGCCCGGCCAGGUUCGGCGUUCCGUGAGUGAACGAUUUAGAAAUCUGGACUGGCCAGCGACCUCUGGGCUUGCCAUUCCAGCCUGGUAUAACCUCUGGCUCCAUGGGCAGCUACUGGCUCCUACAGACCGGAUGAAGCAGACUGGAGACACAAGUGGAGAAAACCUCCAGCUGGCAAAUCCUCGGAGUGUAGGCCUCUGGCUGCCAGUCCUGCCCAGCCUGCCUCAUGGAGAGGAUGAAUUGGCUGAGCAGACUGGCCUCCCGGGGCCCUGGGCACCGUAUACCUCAAGGGGCCAAUCUCCAAACCCCAGUCAUGGCUGAUCCCGAGACCUGCCUCAUGGUCUUCAAGAAUCACUGGUCCCAGGUGGUGCGAAUCUUGGAGCGGCAAGGCCCUCGGGCAGCUCCUGGGGGUGCAGACGAUCUCAGUGCUGUGCGCAACCACACUUACCAGAUGUUGACACUGCUGGCAGAGGAUCGUGCAGUUCCCUCGGCCCCCACAGGCCCUGGGCCCCUGCUGGAGUUUGCUCUGCACGAGGAUCUGCUGACCCGUGUGUUGACAUGGCAGCUGCAAUGGGAUGAGCUUGGGGAUGGGGUCGAGGAACGGCGGGCUGAACAACUGAAACUAUUUGAGAUGCUAGUGAGCGAAGCUCGCCAGCCACUGUUGCAGCAUGGUCCAGUUCGUGAGGCUCUGCUCACCCUGCUGGAUGCCUGUGGCCGCCCUGUGCCCAGUAGCCCAGCACUGGAUGAAGGCUUGGUGCUACUUCUCAGCCAGCUGUGUGUGUGUGUGGCCCAGGAGCCUUCAUUGCUCGAGUUCUUCCUGCAGCCACCUCCUGAGCCUGGAGCUGCUCCCCGUCUUCUUCUCUUUUCUCGCCUUGUCCCUUUUGUGCAUCGAGAGGGCACCCUGGGCCAGCAGGCCCGUGAUGCCCUACUUCUUCUCAUGGCUUUGUCAGCUGGGAGCCCCACUGUGGGCCGCUACAUCGCGGAUCACUCUUACUUCUGCCCGGUGCUGGCCACAGGGCUCAGUGCCCUGUACUCAUCACUGCCUCGAAAGAUUGAGGUUCCAGGGGAUGAUUGGCACUGUCUGAGACGGGAAGACUGGCUGGGAGUGCCAGCCCUUGCACUCUUCAUGAGUUCCCUGGAGUUCUGCAAUGCAGUAAUUCAGGUGGCUCACCCCCUGGUGCAGAAGCAGUUGGUUGAUUAUAUCCAUAAUGGGUUCCUGGUGCCUGUCAUGGGUCCUGCCUUGCACAAGACCUCUGUGGAGGAGAUGAUCGCCAGUACCGCUUAUCUGGAACUUUUCCUACGGAGUAUCUCAGAGCCUGCUUUACUCCGUACCUUCCUGCGAUUCCUGUUGUUGCACCGGCAUGACACCCACACCAUCCUCGACACCCUCGUUGCCCGUAUUGGCAGCAACUCCCGGCUCUGCAUGGUCUCUCUGAGUCUCUUCAGGACCCUCCUGAACCUCAGCUGUGAGGAUGUCCUGCUGCAGCUGGUUCUCAGGUAUCUUGUUCCGUGUAACCACGUUAUGCUGAGCCAGAAGCCGGCUGUGCGUGAUGUGGACCUAUAUGGACGAGCAGCUGACAAGUUUCUCUCCCUAAUCCCACGCUGUUGUCGGCACCACGCCCCCAGCCCACCUCGUCCAGAGCAUGCCUCAUGGGCACGAGGUGGGCCUAGCAGAGAGACAGGGAGAAGGGAGGACAUCACGGGUCCUGGAAGCCCAAGUGUGGACUCCUCUUCUGUGAUGACAGUACCCCGGCCCUCCACACCAUCUCGUCUGGCUCUCUUCCUGCGGCAGCAGAGCCUGGGUGGCUCUGAGUCUCCAGGCCCAGCCCCUUGCUCACCAGGGCUUUCUGCAUCCCCAGCCUCCAGCCCUGGCCGACGGCCUACCCCUGCAGAGGAGGCUGGAGAGCUGGAAGACAAUUACCUGGAGUAUCUGCGUGAGGCACGUCGUGGUGUGGACCGCUGUGUCCGAGCCUGUCGUACCUGGUCUGCCCCCUAUGAUGGCGAGCGGCCCUCUCCUGAGCCCAGUCCUUUUGGCUCCCGGACUAAGAAACGCAGCCUACUGCCUGAGGAGGACAGGAACAAUGUGGGGGAAGGGGAGGAGGAAGAGCUGGGGAGUAGGGGGCUGGCUGGGGGUGCAGGGGAGGGCCCUGGUCACCUGCCCCCUCCCCAGCUCAAUGGAGUGCCAGGAGCAUGGCCUGAGGGGGCCAAGAAGGUUCGUCUGGUGCCAAAGGAGGGAGCUGGGGAACUGCUAGAGGGCAUCUCCGAGGGCAUGGCAGGACUAGAGGGCUUUGGGCAGGAGCUCCGGGAGCUAGAGGUGGCAUUGAGCAAUGGGGGAACUGGCUCAGAGUCCCCCUUAGAACCUCCACUGCCCCUUGAGGAGGAGGAGGCCUACGAGAGCUUCACCUGUCCCCCUGAGCCCCCUGGCCCCUUCCUCAGCAGCCCUUUGCGGACUCUCAACCAGCUGCCAAGCCAACCCUUCACUGGCCCCUUCAUGGCUGUGCUCUUUGCCAAACUCGAGAACAUGCUGCAGAACUCCGUCUAUGUCAACUUCCUGCUGACGGGGCUGGUGGCCCAGCUGGCCUGUCACCCCCAGCCCCUGCUCCGCUCUUUCCUGCUCAACACCAACAUGGUCUUCCAGCCCAGUGUCAAGUCCCUGCUGCAGGUGCUGGGCUCUGUGAAGAAUAAGAUUGAGAACUUUGCGGCUUCCCAGGAGGACUUCCCAGCACUGCUGUCCAAAGCCAAGAAGUACCUCAUUGCCCGUGGCAAGUUGGACUGGGCUGAGGGCCCUGCAGCAGGACCUGCCCCACGCCGUUCUGAUCCCCUAGAACCCUAAAGGAGAAGUCCAAGAACCUAGGGGGUGGGGGAAUCUCCCCUCUCAGUCCAAGGGAGGUUCCCUGAUCCCAGCACCUUCAUGAUACCCCUGUUUAUUCCCAGUGAAGAGCCGGAGGCCAUCCUUGGGGGAGUUACUCCUGCGGCAUGCACACAGUCCAACCAGGGCCCGGCAGGCAGCACAAUUGGUCCUUCAGCCUGGGCGAGACGGAGCAGGACUUGGCCUAAGUGGGGGCUCCCCUGGGGCUUCAACUCCAGUUCUACCCGCCAGGGGCGGGGCCCCUGAACGCCAAGGUGAGGCUCUUCGAGUCAAGAAUGCUGUCUACUGUGCAGUCAUUUUCCCUGAAUUUCUCAAGGAGUUGGCUGCCAUCUCCCAGGCUCAUGCCGUCACCUCGCCUUUCUUGUUGGAGACUUCAGAGGAAGGAUCUGGCCCUCUCAUCUCAGGCUGUGGGCCCCUCAAUCCUUAACUUUCUUCCAUGGACAAUCAGGGCCAUGGGUGGCCCGGGCUGGGGCUAGGGCACAGGCUCCUUUUUGUGUUUGGAGGCAGUGGCAAAAGGACUUUUUAAUUUAUUUCAGAUGAAUGUUUUAUGGAGAACUUGUUGCAAUAUGUAUAAAAGGGAAAUCUCUAUUCUCUGCUCA